AAGGCGGUUGUGCCGCUCCGUCGCGGAAAAACGGAAAAGUCGUAACUGGAAAAAACUUCGGGAUUUUCCAAAGGAAAAUAUUCAGCCGCGUCGGUCGCUAGUGUUUGUUCGAUCCGCGCCAGAGUCCGAGCAAUGUGAAUAUAUCGGCUCAUUUGUACCAAAAAACGCAAAUAUCGGGGGAUAAAGUUUGGCUGUAAGGGAUUUUGCCAAAUUCUGUUUGUGGUCGAUCGUGAUCCGUUCCGUCGCGUCUCCCUGUCGUGUUUUGUGUGUUUCCCUCGUGCCCCCCCCCAGAUUCCGGGUGAGCAGUGGUCCCCGAGAAUAUAAAUAAUAAAUAUUAAAUCCCCCAAUUGUGAUUGUGAUUGCAAGCGUAACCCUGAUUAACCGCCGAGAAAUGGCCAAGUGAAGUGCUGUGCGUAGUGCAGUGUAAAGUCCGUCUUUGGCUUCGCUCCCCCUCUUCUCCUCCUCCUCCUUCUUCUACUUCUUCUUCUCCUCCUCCUCCGUCGCUGUCCGGCUGUCUGGCUGAACGGCCCGGCCCGCAAAAGCCGCCAAGAUUAAGUUCUCCAAGCAGCACGCCCACCACGCGUACCGCCACACGGACAACAUAUACGACGGCGGCACGGACACCGACGACGACGAAUGUCCCCUGGAGGCGACCGCCAUGAAUCCCUACGAGUAUGAGUCCACGCUCGACUGCCGCGACGCGGGCGGCGGUCUCCCCCACGCCCACGCCCUGGCCCACCCCCAGCAGGCGCAAGGACGGACGCUGCCCAUGAGCGGUCGGCCCUCGGCCCCCGCGGCCGACCACGGCGCCCACGGCAGUCAGACACUGCAGCACCAGGGCCAGCUCAGCCAGCAGAACCUGCAGAACCUGCAGGCCGCCGCCGCCCAGUCGUCGCACUACGACUACGAGUACCAGCACCUGCCGCACCGUCCGCCGGACACGGCCAGCAAUACGGCGCAGCGGACACACGGAAGACAAGGCUUCCUCCUGGAAGGAGUCACGCCAACGGCUCCGCCGGACGUUCCGCCGCGUAAUCCGACAAUGAGUCGCAUGCAAAAUGGUCGUUUAACCGCCAGCAAUCCCAAUGACGUUGACUUUGAGCCAUCUUGUUUGGUGCGAACGCCAUCGGGCAACGUUUACAUUCCCAGUGGAAAUCUAAACAUCAACAAGGGCUCACCCAUCGACUUCAAGAGCGGAUCGGCCUGUUCCACACCCACAAAAGACACGCUGAAGGGCUACGAGCGAAGCACGCAGGGCUGCAUGGGACCCGUCCUGCCGCCUCGCAGCGUCAUGAACGGAAUGCCCGCGCACCACUACUCGGCGCCGAUGAAUUUCCGCAAGGACCUGGCCGCGCGCUGCUCCUCGCCCUGGGUGAGCGUCGGCGCCAUAUCGGCGCUGGUGCUGUGCGUGCUCAUGCUGAUCCUGCUGACCACCUUCGGGGGCCUGCACUGGACCCAGUCGGCGCCCUGCACCGUUCUAGUCGGCAACGAGGCGGCCGAGGUGACGGCUGCCAAGAGUACGAACACGGACCUCUCCAAACUCCACAACUCGGGACGCGCCAAGAACGGACAAGGCAUCGGAAUGGCUCAGGGUCAGGCUGGAAUCGGAGCCGGCGGCGCAGGCGGAGGAGGCGCAUCAGGUGGAUCCUCGGCGGCCACUGUGACGACUGCCACAUCAAACAGCGGCACCGCCCAGGGCCUGCAGUCGACGUCGGCCUCCGCGGAGGCCACGUCCUCGGCGGCCACGUCUUCCUCGCAGUCCUCGCUGACGCCUUCGACAUCACUGUCCUCGUCCCUGGCAAAUGCCAAUAAUGGAGGAGCUCGAACAUUCCCGGCGCGCAGCUUCCCACCCGACGGCACCACCUUUGGCCAGAUCACGCUCGGCCAGAAGCUGACCAAGGAAAUCCAGCCGUACAGCUACUGGAAUAUGCAGUUCUACCAGUCGGAGCCGGCCUACGUCAAGUUCGACUACACGAUUCCGCGAGGCGCCUCGAUCGGAGUUUACGGGAGACGCAACGCCCUGCCAACCCAUACGCAAUACCACUUCAAGGAGGUGCUCAGUGGAUUCAGCGCCAGCACGCGUACGGCCCGGGCCACGCACCUUUCCAUAACGCGGGAGGUAACGCGCUAUAUGGAGCCGGGUCAUUGGUUCGUGUCGCUCUACAAUGACGACGGGGACGUACAGGAACUGACAUUUUACGCGGCCGUCGCCGAGGACAUGACCCAGAACUGCCCCAACGGCUGCUCCGGCAACGGUCAGUGUCUGCUGGGCCACUGCCAGUGCAAUCCCGGCUUUGGCGGCGACGACUGCAGCGAGAGCGUGUGUCCGGUGCUGUGCUCACAGCACGGCGAGUACACCAACGGAGAAUGCAUCUGCAAUCCGGGCUGGAAGGGCAAGGAGUGCUCACUGCGGCACGACGAGUGCGAGGUGGCCGACUGCAAUGGCCACGGCCACUGUGUCAGCGGCAAGUGCCAGUGCAUGCGCGGCUACAAGGGAAAGUUCUGCGAAGAAGUUGACUGUCCGCAUCCUAACUGCUCCGGACACGGAUUCUGCGCCGACGGCACCUGCAUCUGCAAGAAGGGCUGGAAGGGAGCUGACUGCGCCACCAUGGACCAAGACGCACUGCAAUGCCUGCCCGACUGCUCCGGGCACGGAACCUUCGACCUGGACACCCAGACAUGCACCUGCGAGGCCAAGUGGAGUGGCGACGACUGCUCGAAGGAGCUGUGCGACCUGGAUUGCGGCCAGCAUGGACGUUGCGUCGGUGACGCCUGCGCCUGCGACACGGAGUGGGGCGGCGAGUAUUGCAACACCCGGUUGUGCGACGCCCGCUGCAACGAGCACGGGCAGUGCAAGAACGGCACCUGCCUCUGCGUGACAGGCUGGAACGGCAAGCACUGCACCAUCGAGGGGUGCCCCAAUAGUUGCGCCGGUCACGGCCAGUGCCGCGUCAGCGGUGAGGGACAGUGGGAGUGCCGCUGCUACGAAGGAUGGGACGGACCGGACUGCGGCAUCGCUCUAGAGCUGAACUGCGGAGACAGCAAGGACAACGACAAGGAUGGCUUGGUUGACUGUGAGGAUCCCGAGUGCUGUGCCAGCCACGUCUGCAAGACAUCCCAGCUUUGCGUCUCAGCUCCCAAGCCGAUCGACGUGCUGCUCCGCAAGCAGCCACCGGCAAUCACCGCCUCGUUCUUUGAGCGGAUGAAGUUCCUUAUCGACGAAAGCAGCCUGCAGAACUACGCUAAAUUGGAGACGUUUAACGAGAGCCGAUCAGCGGUCAUCAGAGGGCGCGUGGUCACCUCCCUGGGCAUGGGCCUGGUGGGUGUACGAGUAUCGACCACCACCCUUUUGGAGGGUUUCACCCUGACCCGUGACGACGGCUGGUUUGACCUGAUGGUAAAUGGCGGUGGAGCUGUGACUCUGCAAUUCGGACGCGCACCUUUUCGACCGCAGUCGCGCAUUGUCCAAGUGCCCUGGAACGAAGUGGUGAUCAUUGAUGUCGUGGUCAUGAGCAUGUCCGAGGAGAAGGGUCUGAUCACCAUGGCGACACAUUCAUGCUUCGCCCACGACUACGACCUGAUGAAGCCCGUUGUGCUGGCAUCGUGGAAGCACGGCUUCCAGGGUGCCUGUCCCGACCGCAGUGCCAUUCUGGCAGAAUCGCAGGUCAUCCAGGAGUCACUCCAGAUACCCGGUACGGGCCUCAAUCUCGUUUACCACUCGUCACGGGCCGCCGGCUACCUGUCCACCAUCAAGUUGCAACUAACCCCUGAUGCUAUUCCGUCCUCGUUGCACCUUAUCCAUCUGCGUAUCACCAUCGAGGGCAUUCUAUUUGAACGCGUCUUUGAGGCCGAUCCGGGAAUCAAAUUCACGUAUGCUUGGAACCGCCUUAACAUCUACAGGCAACGCGUAUACGGUGUGACCACAGCCGUGGUAAAGGUCGGCUACCAGUACACCGACUGCACGGACAUCGUUUGGGACAUCCAGACCACAAAGUUGAGUGGCCACGAUAUGUCUAUAUCGGAGGUAGGAGGCUGGAACCUGGACAUUCACCAUCGCUACAACUUCCACGAAGGCAUCCUGCAGAAAGGCGAUGGCUCCAACAUAUACUUGCGCAACAAGCCACGCAUCAUUCUGACCACCAUGGGCGACGGACACCAGCGUCCACUUGAGUGCCCCGAUUGCGACGGCUUGGCCACGAAGCAGCGCCUACUGGCUCCUGUUGCCCUAGCGGCUGCUCCAGAUGGAAGUCUCUUUGUGGGCGACUUUAACUAUAUCCGCCGCAUCAUGACCGAUGGCAGCAUCCGGACCGUUGUCAAGCUCAACGCCACCCGCGUCUCCUACCGCUACCACAUGGCCCUCAGUCCGCUCGAUGGCACUCUGUACGUGUCGGACCCGGAGUCGCAUCAGAUCAUUCGUGUGCGCGAUACCAGCGACUACUCGCAGCCAGAACUUAACUGGGAGGCAGUUGUGGGUUCCGGAGAGCGAUGCCUCCCCGGCGACGAAGCUCACUGCGGCGAUGGAGCCUUGGCCAAGGACGCCAAGUUGGCCUACCCCAAGGGCAUUGCGAUUUCCAGCGACAAUAUCCUGUACUUCGCCGACGGAACUAACAUCCGGAUGGUGGACAGGGAUGGAAUCGUAAGCACUCUUAUUGGCAAUCACAUGCACAAGUCGCACUGGAAGCCCAUACCCUGUGAGGGCACUCUCAAGCUGGAAGAGAUGCACCUGCGCUGGCCCACAGAGUUGGCCGUCUCUCCCAUGGACAAUACAUUGCACAUCAUUGACGAUCACAUGAUCCUACGCAUGACCCCCGAUGGCAGGGUUCGCGUCAUCUCCGGCAGGCCACUGCACUGCGCGACUGCCUCGACAGCCUACGAUACUGACCUGGCCACUCACGCAACUCUGGUGAUGCCGCAGUCCAUCGCCUUCGGGCCGCUGGGUGAGCUGUACGUUGCGGAGAGUGACUCGCAGCGCAUCAACCGAGUUCGUGUCAUCGGGACGGACGGACGGAUUGCACCCUUUGCAGGUGCCGAGUCCAAGUGCAAUUGCCUUGAACGCGGAUGCGACUGCUUCGAAGCAGAACACUAUCUGGCCACUAGCGCCAAGUUCAACACGAUCGCCGCGCUGGCUGUUACUCCCGAUGGUCAUGUGCACAUUGCGGACCAAGCCAACUACCGCAUCCGCUCGGUGAUGUCCAGCAUUCCAGAGGCAAGUCCCUCGCGCGAGUACGAGAUCUAUGCGCCGGACAUGCAGGAGAUAUACAUUUUCAACCGCUUUGGCCAGCACGUGUCCACGCGAAACAUCCUGACCGGAGAGACGACAUAUGUGUUCACCUACAACGUGAACACCUCCAACGGGAAGCUCAGCACCGUCACCGAUGCCGCCGGCAACAAGGUGUUCCUGCUGCGCGACUACACCUCGCAAGUCAACUCAAUAGAGAACACCAAGGGCCAGAAGUGCCGGCUCCGCAUGACGCGUAUGAAGAUGCUGCACGAGUUGAGCACUCCGGACAACUACAACGUCACCUAUGAGUACCACGGGCCCACUGGACUACUCAAGACCAAACUGGACUCCACAGGCCGUUCCUACGUGUACAACUACGACGAGUUCGGCCGCCUAACCUCCGCUGUCACACCGACGGGCAGGGUCAUCGAACUGAGCUUUGACCUGAGCGUUAAGGGCGCCCAGGUGAAGGUCUCGGAGAACGCACAGAAGGAAAUGUCGCUGUUGAUCCAAGGAGCUACAGUGAUCGUGCGCAACGGGGCUGCCGAGUCGCGCACCACCGUCGACAUGGACGGCUCCACCACAAGCAUCACACCUUGGGGGCACAACCUGCAAAUGGAGGUUGCUCCAUACACGAUUCUGGCCGAGCAGAGUCCAUUGCUGGGCGAAAGCUACCCGGUACCAGCCAAGCAGCGCACAGAGAUCGCCGGCGACCUAGCCAACCGGUUCGAGUGGCGCUACUUUGUGCGCCGCCAACAGCCGCUGCAGGCGGGUAAGCAAAUCAAGGGCACACCUCGUCCCGUCACCGAAGUGGGUCGCAAGCUCCGAGUGAACGGGGACAACGUUCUGACCUUGGAGUACGACCGCGAGACGCAGUCUGUCGUGGUGAUGGUGGACGACAAGCAGGAACUGCUCAACGUGACCUACGACCGCACCUCGCGACCAAUCAGCUUCCGGCCGCAGUCGGGCGACUAUGCGGACGUGGACUUGGAAUACGACCGAUUCGGGCGUCUGGUCAGCUGGAAGUGGGGCGUGCUGCAGGAGGCCUACUCCUUCGACCGCAAUGGACGGCUCAACGAAAUCAAGUACGGCGACGGAUCGACCAUGGUGUAUGCAUUCAAGGACAUGUUUGGCUCGCUUCCGCUGAAGGUGACCACGCCUAGGCGGUCCGACUACCUGCUGCAGUACGAUGAUGCCGGGGCACUGCAGAGCCUCACGACGCCGCGCGGCCACAUUCACGCCUUCUCACUGCAGACAUCGCUCGGUUUCUUCAAGUACCAGUACUACUCGCCCAUCAAUCGCCAUCCGUUUGAGAUUCUGUACAACGAUGAGGGUCAGAUCCUGGCCAAGAUCCAUCCGCACCAGUCAGGCAAGGUGGCGUUUGUACACGAUACUGCAGGACGCCUGGAAACGAUCCUCGCUGGGCUAUCCAGCACCCACUACACGUAUCAGGACACAACAAGCUUGGUCAAGUCAGUGGAGGUGCAGGAACCGGGCUUCGAGCUGCGGCGAGAGUUCAAGUACCACGCCGGCAUCCUCAAGGACGAGAAGCUGCGUUUCGGCUCCAAGAACUCGCUGGCCUCGGCCCACUACAAGUACGCCUACGACGGUAACGCCCGGCUUAGUGGCAUUGAGAUGGCCAUAGAUGACAAGGAGCUGCCCACUACGCGGUACAAGUACAGCCAAAACCUAGGCCAGCUGGAGGUGGUCCAGGAUCUGAAAAUCACUCGCAACGCCUUCAACCGGACAGUGAUCCAGGACUCGGCGAAGCAAUUCUUCACUAUCGUGGACUACGACCAGCACGGCCGUGUGAAGAGCGUGCUGAUGAACGUGAAGAACAUUGACGUGUUCCGGCUGGAGUUGGACUACGACCUGCGGAACCGUGUCAAAUCGCAGAAAACUACGUUUGGCCGAUCCACAGCCUUCGAUAAAAUUAACUACAAUGCCGACGGCCACGUGAUCGAGGUUCUAGGCACCAACAACUGGAAGUAUUUGUACGAUGAAAACGGCAACACGGUCGGCGUUGUGGACCAAGGGGAGAAGUUCAACCUGGGCUACGACAUUGGCGACCGUGUGAUCAAGGUGGGCGAUGUGGAGUUCAACAACUACGACGCUCGCGGCUUCGUAGUGCGGCGCGGCGAGCAGAAAUACCGCUACAACAAUAGGGGUCAACUGAUCCACGCCUUCGAGCGGGAGCGCUUCCAGAGCUGGUAUUACUACGAUGACCGAAGCCGCCUCGUGGCUUGGCACGAUAACAAGGGUAACACCACUCAGUACUACUACGCCAACCCUCGCACACCGCACCUCGUGACCCACGUCCACUUCCCCAAGCUGGGUCGCACUAUGAAGUUCUUCUAUGACGACCGCGACAUGCUGAUCGCGUUGGAGCACGCCGACCAGCGCUUCUAUGUGGCCACCGAUCAGAACGGUUCUCCGCUCGCAUUCUUCGAUCUGAACGGAGGCAUCGUAAAGGAGCUCAAGCGAACCCCCUUCGGCCGCAUUAUCAAGGACACCAAGCCCGACUUUUUCGUGCCCGUUGACUUCCACGGGGGGCUGAUCGAUCCACACACCAAACUGGUCUACACCGAGCAACGCCAGUAUGACCCUCACGUCGGACAGUGGAUGACGCCGCUGUGGGAGACGCUGGCCACUGAGAUGUCGCACCCGACCGACGUCUUCAUCUACCGCUACCACAACAACGACCCUAUCAAUCCCAAUAAGCCGCAGAACUAUAUGAUCGACCUGGACUCCUGGCUGCAGCUCUUCGGCUAUGACCUGGAUAACAUGCAGAGCACUCGCUACACCAAGCUGGCCCAGUACAGGCCGCAAGCCUCCAUCAAGUCCAAUACACUGGCGCCCGACUUCGGGGUCAUUUCUGGACUGGAGGGUAUCGUCGAAAAGACAAGCGAGAAGUUCAGCGACUUUGAUUUUGUGCCAAAGCCCCUGCUUAAGAUGGAGCCCAAGAUGCGCAAUCUGUUGCCACGCAUUAGCUAUCGACGCGGGGUCUUUGGCGAGGGUGUGCUGCUGUCGCGGAUCGGUGGCCGGGCUUUGGUCAGCGUUGUAGACGGAUCCAACAGUGUGGUACAGGAUGUGGUGAGCAGCGUGUUCAACAACUCGUACUUCCUGGACCUGCACUUCAGCAUUCACGAUCAGGACGUGUUCUACUUCGUGAAGGACAACGUUCUGAAGUUGCGCGAUGACAAUGAAGAGCUUCGACGUCUGGGCGGCAUGUUCAACAUAUCAACACACGAAAUCAGCGAUCACGGUGGCAGCGCAGCAAAGGAAUUGCGCCUCCAUGGUCCCGACGCCGUGGUCAUUAUCAAGUACGGUGUUGACCCCGAACAGGAGCGCCACCGCAUCCUAAAGCACGCCCACAAGCGCGCAGUGGAGCGGGCCUGGGAGCUGGAGAAGCAGUUGGUGGCCGCCGGCUUCCAGGGUCGCGGCGACUGGACAGAGGAGGAGAAGGAGGAGCUUGUCCAGCACGGAGACGUCGACGGUUGGAUUGGCAUUGACAUACACAGCAUACACAAGUAUCCGCAGCUGGCCGACGACCCCGGAAACGUUGCCUUCCAACGGGACGCCAAACGCAAGCGUCGCAAGACAGGCACCAGCCAUCGGAGUGCCUCCAACCGGCGCCAGCUCAAAUUCGGGGAGCUGAGUGCGUGAGUGGAGGCGGAUAGAGAGGAGCUGGAUCUGGAGCCGGAGCAGCGGCCGCAGACGGAAACGGAGGGAGGUGAAGUGACCGACGAGGAAUACAGCGAGCAGGAGGACUACCUAAUUGCCGUGGGCAGGAAGGAGCCAAGGGACAGCAGCGAAGCACUCGACGAGCAGAUUUUGUAAUUAGGUGAAAUGCGCAACAGCAACAAAAACAAGACAACAAGAGAACAAGAAAUAAUAACAACAACAGCACAGCACACGAAACCCCAAUACGACAGAUAAAAACCAUUAUCAAACAAACACUCUAAGUAAUAUAAACUUUAAUCGUGCUUAAAGUUUAGUAUUAGUCACAAUGCAACCCUCGAAUAACCGAAGAAUCUUCUUAUAUGUAUGUACACAGGAACAGGAAUAUAUAUGUUGAUGUUGAGUUUAGGCUAACAAUAGGCGUAUGUUUAGUCCAUGUGUGUAAUGUUUAAUGUAAAUCUGAAUCAGAAAAGGAUCGAAUUAGUCGACUAAACUGUACCGAAUGAGACAUUGUUUAUUCGGCGACUUGGCUAUUGGCUUAACCACCGACGCAACGUGUUAGCCAGGUACAUAACAUACAUAACGAUGUCGAACGAUGAGUAUUAAACAGCAAAAUAUGCAUACGAUAAGUACGAAUGAUAAUUUACGAAUUGAUUAAAUGUAAAAGAUUAAAGCUCUCUGUAGGAGGAUCCCGCUAGUCCUCAGUCCUCUGUCCUUGGUCCCAAGCUUGGCCUAUUCCAGUCUAGCCCACUUUAACAUGACAAAAGGUGUGUUGGUCGCUGCCUCACCUCUUCAACUGCUUUGUGUAUAUAAGAACGACUACUUUACUAUGCUUUAACUAACGAAUCAGCGCUUAUUUACCCUUCCUCUAAGAAUCUUUUAAGUGUAACAGGUAUCUGAACCGAAUGCUCGAAUUUACAUUUAUCUGUCACGUCUGCUUAAUUUGGAUUGCCAAAAAUCAAACAAAACCUCUUACAGACAGCCCCCCUUUAAUGUCAACUCUUUCCACUCAUUUUACAAUGUUAAACUGUUGAAUUUAUUCAAGGGCGAAAAGCAUUAAAAACUUUUUACAAAUUGUGAUAUAUAUUUCUAAACAUUUCAUUUCACAGCUUGAAGUGUGCCGAACAUAAAUCGAAUUAACUCAAAUCGAAGUGAAAAUAAAAAGCAACCACAUGUACUUUACUCAUUUUUUAAACAUAGUCCUUAAUAAUUAGUUUUUAAACUGCAAUAUUUAGUUUUUACCGUUUGCCAUGUUAAUUUGUAUAAGCAAUACUUACGCGUGACGGAAGUGUCACAUGUAGUUUACCUUUUUUAAUGUGUUUUAAUUGGCUUUUUAUGCUCGAAUUAUACUCAAUUUAUUCUCAAUAAUUGCUGCAUUUUAAAAACUUUCGUAACGUCUUUCGUUGUUGCUGUCAUUCGGUCAGCCCUUUGUAUUUAUAAUUAUUAUUGAACUAUUUAUAACGAAAGCUAAACUAUUGACUAUUGAGAUAUUAACUAGCAUAAUACUUAGAGCGCAUAUGUAAGUUUUGCGGAAAACGUACACCCCCUAUAAUCAUACGAAACACACCUUGUAAUAUACACACUAUCACAUACAACUACACAUAGUCAUAAGGAUUAGGGUAAAGACAAAGAUCGUAAAAACGGAAUGAUUUAGCACGUAACUAAUGUGAGAAUAAGAGAUGUAUUCUGUUUCAAUGUUGGGCGGAAGAUAGGAAUGCAAAAAGUAAUGCGUAGAAAUUAGCUAAAGUGUUAGUAAUUUUAUUAAAUAAAAUUAUAAAUGAAGCAAGAGA